AUGGAUCAGUAUAUUUCAACGUAUCAGAAAGAUUACGCAUGGCCGUCCAGGAAGAUGCAGCACACGUCGCCAGAGUUGCGCGAUGGCGGCUCCUGUCGCUGCAAACCGCGGCCCCCUGAGCUGAAAGUCACCAAAGUAUGCGGGGACCAGAUGGAGUGGAGCCGCCAGGGUCCCAUGGGACGAUUACUCGACCCGAAAUUGUACCCAGCAAAAACUGGCCCCCACCCCGAAUCGGAAGCGACGAAGUUUGACCAACCGGACACCUAUCUGAAAAAGGUGAAUCAACCCAGGGUAAAACUGUGUUGUAUUUCUCACAUGGUUGGAUGAACGUUUCAGUUGGAGGAGAAGCACCCAAAUCUCUAUGGAAUUGUACAGAGUACGACCGAGGACGAGGUAAUGAUGCGUGUAGAUCAGGAUCGACUGAAAACGACCUAUCAAGUGGACUAUGGCGGGGAAAAAAGCUCACAAAUGUGUACAUCAGACGAUAGCACACUAAAGAGAUCACAGAAAGAAGAAGUCAGCCCGCGAUUGGAGCAUAUAAAAAAACAACGCGAAGAGAAGAAACACAAAAGUAAGAUGAAGAGGAAGGAUGAGGAUGAGCCUCCGGAAACACGGAUACCAGCCUGGCGUUCCGAGUACCAAGACAAUAUUAGUAAAUUAGGCGGUGCCAUAAUGAAACACAGGUUACAUCAGAGAAAAACUGCAGCGCCAUCUUGGGCGAUGGCGGUUUAA